AUGGAGCUUGGCUUCCAUUGCAGAACCGUUGUUGUUUCUUUUUCCUUUUUCAUUCUCUUCUCCACUUUUUGUGCUUCUUCUUCUAUUUACUCGGAGUUGAAUCCUAUAAAACCGAGACACUCACGCCUUCUCAAGAGCGCUGUGCAACGUGAAACUCCGACAUCGCAGCUUUCUGAAAUCUGGACGCCUCUGGAAAACCAAGGUUGGAAACCUUGCAAUGAAUUGAGAAACAAGCCAACAGCAUUACCGGAGAAGUCUGAAGGAUACAUCCAGGUAUUUCUUGAUGGAGGUCUGAACCAGCAAAGGAUGGGGAUAUGUGAUGCAGUUGCUGUCGCCAAGAUACUGAAUGCAACUCUUGUGAUCCCGUACCUUGAAUUAAAUCCUGUAUGGAAGGAUUCAAGCUCAUUCGAGGAUAUAUUUGAUGUGGAUCAUUUCAUUGAUGUAUUGAAGGAUGAUGUUUCCAUAGUUAAAGAGCUUCCUGAAGAGUACUCGUGGAGUUCAAGGGAAUACUAUUCAUUGGCUAUUAGAGAUACCAGAAUCAAGGCUGCACCUGUUCAUGCAACAGCCAACUGGUAUCUGGAGAAUGUUUUGCCUGUCCUUCAAAGUUAUGGUAUUGCUGCAAUCUCUCCAUUUUCUCACCGCCUGACUUUUGACAACUUGCCUAUGGAUAUCCAACACCUGCGCUGUAAAGUCAAUUUUCAAGCUUUAGUAUUUGUUCCCCAUAUCAGAACACUUGGAGAUGCCCUUAUCAGUCGCCUUCGCAAUCCUCAACUCUCUACUGAAGAAACGGGCUCCAAUUACCUUCAAGAGGUCACAGAUGCAGAUGAUAAUAAAAAUGCAGGGAAAUUCGUUGUUCUGCACCUUCGAUUUGAUAAGGAUAUGGCAGCCCAUUCAGCCUGUGAUUUUGGUGGUGGUAAAGCGGAAAAAUUGGCGCUUGCCAAGUAUAGACAGGUUAUUUGGCAGGGAAGGGUUCUUAAUUCCCAAUUCACUGAUGAAGAGUUGAGGAGUCAGGGCCGUUGCCCAAUGACUCCCGAAGAGGUUGGAUUGUUGCUAGCAGCUUUGGGAUUCGACAACAGCACUCGUUUAUAUCUUGCCUCUCACAAGGUCUAUGGUGGAGGAGCCAGGAUUGCUACUUUGAAGCAAUUGUUUCCUCUGAUGGAAGAUAAAAAGAGCCUUACUUUGCCUUCCGAGCGUGCUCAGAUUAAGGGAAAAGCUUCUCUAUUAGCCGCACUUGACUACUACAUUAGUAUCCAUAGUGACAUCUUCAUUUCUGCUUCCCCGGGAAAUAUGCAUAAUGCAUUGGUUGGACACAGGACUUACUUGAACUUAAAGACUAUAAGACCAAACAUGGCAUUGAUGGGUCAACUGUUCUUGAAUAAAACGAUGGAAUGGUCAGAGUUUGAGCAUGCAGUGGUUGAAGGUCAUGAAAAUAGACAAGGUCAACUCAGGGUUAGAAGGCCUAAACAAUCCAUAUACACAUAUCCUGUUCCUGAUUGCAUGUGCCAAGCUUAA